AUGGACGUAAAAUAUUUGUACAAUCUAUUUGAUGUACUGAAAGUGGCUGGAUGUUCAAUAAAUGAGGAUUUUGUACCAAUUUUGUAUAAUUCAUUAAUUCAAUUACAAAGUGAAAAUCAUUUUGAUUCUGUGUAUUUGUGGGGCCGCAUUGUAACGUUGUCUAAUGAUUACUAUGUUGCUUAUGGCUAUCAUAAGGAUCCAAUUAAAAACAGGAUGUUUUUUUACACACAAAACAUUUUAGAAUGGGAUGUAAUGCCUACUGAUUGGUCAACAUUUAAAUCAAAUGUAGCAUGCCAAGUAAAAACUAAAUUUAAUGGUAAUCCAAGAUUUAUAGCCGAGAAAUAUAAUUUAAAAAAAAAGUCUUUGGUGCAAUCUGCCAAUUCAAGUAUUAUAAUAAACAAUGAAUACGUAGAAGACGAAGAAACAAAACCAUUAGAAAGUAUAGUUUUCGAUGAUUUACUAUCAAUUUCUGAACCAGAAGAAAUAGUAGAACAGGAGUCUGUUGCGAAUACUUUUGAAGCCGAAAAUACGAUCAAAGAAGAAGAUCGACUAGCCAUAACUAUAAAAAUGAUUGAUAACGAAAGUCAUAUAGUUCCACGAGGAUUUUAUUACAAGUUACCAAAUGAAAAUAUAGUUAAAGCACCUUACUUUAAGGGUUUAGACUUCUCCGAAAUUGGAAAUGAACAGAAUUUUUUUCAUAUAAAUCCAAAAUAUUGUACACAUAACAGCGUAAAAAAUAAAGUACGAUCUGAUUACAAUGGUUCAAUUGAUUUUUUAGAAUCGAUUGUUAAUGAUAUCCCAAAAGGAUGUUGGACUUCUCAAACUGUUUAUAAUCGAUAUUUAAUUAUGAACCAUUUAUUAUGGCCAGGUGCUGUUUUCGUCCAAGAUAUGAGUACAGGAGUAAAUGGGUUUUUUUACAAUGGAGAUGGUAUAAAAAACCUAGACUUGCCAUUUAUGAUUUAA